ACAGACAGGCAGGGGGAGAGGGGGCAAGAGGAAGGAAGGGAGACACACACACAUACACAGAAAGAGAGAAAGAGAGAGAGAGAGAGAGAGAGAAAAAAAGAGAGAGUCACUAGACAGAAACAUCCAGCAGUGAGUCUACCUACUGCUUUUAACUCACAGCAGCUCACCUUCUUCUUCUUCUUCUUCUUCUUCUUCUUCUCUGGGGGAUCUUCUCAUCUCCAGUUUCUCUGCUCUGGUGAUUGGAAGACAUUGCCCAUCAUGCAGUGGGCCGUUCUGCUGCUGGCCCUCACGGGAGUCAGCAUGGCUGCUCUGAAACCUGAGUGGGAGCCCGGGACUUAUCCAUCUACAGAGGCGGGAGCUGAGCUGUUCGUCAGCGACUACAACACCACCGCAGAACAAGUCCUCUCCUUCAGCACGGAGGCCAGCUGGGAAUACAACACCAACCUGACCAAUGAAAACUCCCUGCAACAGAUCCAGGCGUCUAUGAUAGAGCAAGAAUUUACAGAGGCUUGGGGAAAGAAGGCUAAAGCCACCUUUCCUGACGCUCUUAUGGAGACCUUCACUAAUCCAGAUCUCAUAAAAAUCAUAAAGAAGAUCAAUGUGCUCGGAGCCGCCAACCUCCCAACUGCAGAGAGAGAGAGGUACAACACAAUUCUGAGUCAGAUGGACAACAUCUACUCCACGGCAAAAGUGUGUCCUAAACCAGAGGAGUGCUGGGCUUUGGAACCUGAGCUGAAGGAGAUUUUGGCUAACUCCCAGAGCUACAAGAAGCUACUGUAUGCCUGGGAAGGCUGGCACAACGUCUCUGGGAUACCACUCAAGGACCUUUAUCCUGAAUUUGUCCAACUCAGCAACAACGCCUCUGUUAUGGAUGGUUUUGAUGACACGGGUGCUUACUGGCGUUCCUGGUACGAGUCUCCUACCUUUGAGCAGGACUUAGAAAACCUGUUUAAACAACUGCAGCCGCUUUACCAGAACCUGCACGCCUUCGUCCGACGCAAGCUCUACGAUUUCUACGGUCCAAAGUAUAUCAAUCUUAAAGGACCCAUCCCUGCCCAUCUUCUCGGUAAUAUGUGGUCACAAACCUGGAAUAACAUCUAUAACAUGAUGAUUCCUUUCCCUGACAAGCCUAAUGUGGAUGUGACUAAUGCCAUGGUUGAGAAGAACUACAACGCCACACAUAUGUUCCGGGUAGCUGAAGAGUUCUUCACAUCCCUGGGGCUCAAGGAGAUGCCACAGAAGUUCUGGGACAAAUCAAUGCUGGAGAAGCCUGAUGAUGGACGGGAGGUUGUGUGUCACGCCUCUGCCUGGGACUUCUACAACCGUGAGGACUUUAGGAUCAAGCAGUGCACUAUAGUGACUAUGGAGCAGCUUUUCACUGUACAUCAUGAGAUGGGCCAUGUGGAGUAUUACCUGCAGUACAAAGACCAGCCAGUUAGCUUCAGGCGUGGAGCCAACCCUGGCUUCCAUGAAGCCGUCGGAGACGUGCUGUCUCUUUCUGUCUCCACACCCAAACAUCUACACACUAUUGGCCUUCUGGACACUCUGCCUAAUGAUAAUGAGACAGACAUCAAUUACCUAUUGAAAAUGGCUUUGGAGAAGAUAGCUUUCCUUCCGUUUGGAUACCUCAUUGAUCAGUGGCGUUGGGGUGUGUUCAGUGGACGUACGCCACCUGAGAGAUACAAUGCAGAGUGGUGGUAUCUCAGGACAAAAUACCAAGGAAUCUGUCCACCAGUGAGACGCACAGAAGAACACUUUGACCCUGGAGCAAAAUACCACAUCCCAGGAAAUACUCCUUACAUCAGGUACUUUGUGAGCUUCAUUCUUCAGUUCCAGUUUCAUCAGAAGCUUUGUCAGGAGGCUGGACACACUGGACCACUGCACACCUGUGAUAUCUACAGAUCUACCCAGGCUGGAGCAGUUCUAGAGAAAGUCCUGCAGGCUGGCUCCUCUAAGCCCUGGACUGAAGUGCUGCAAGAAGCUUUGGGCACAAAUAAGAUGGACGCCGCCGCCCUGAUGGAGUAUUUUCUACCCGUCACCACCUGGCUAGAGGAACAGAACAGGCUGACUGGAGAAACUCUGGGCUGGCCUGACUUUGACUGGAUGCCACCUGUUCCAGAAGGUUACCCAGAAGAUGUUGCUGACAAGAUAACUGACGAGGCGCAGGCAAAACAGUUCUUGGCUGAGUACAACUCCACGGCAGAGACUGUCUGGAACGCUUACACUGAGGCCUCCUGGUCCUACAACACCAACAUCAAUGAAGCAAACAAGCAGAAUAUGCUGGAGAAAAACCUGGAGAUGGCCAAUCACACAAAGACGUACGGACUGGAGGCCCGCAAGUACGACACCUCUGACUUCCAGGACUCUUCAGUGAAGAGGAUUCUGAAGAAACUGAGUGACCUAGAGAGAGCUGUGCUCUCUGAUGAUGACCUGAAGGAGUACAACAACCUGUUGGCCUCCAUGGAGACGACUUACAGUGUAGCUAAAGUCUGUAAAGAUGAUGGAACCUGUCUACCUCUUGAUCCGGACCUGAAUAAGAUCAUGGCUGAGUCCAGAGACUAUGAUGAGCUGCUGUUUGCCUGGCAGGGCUGGCGCAACGCUUCAGGAAGAGAACUGCGCCAAAGCUAUGUGAGAUACGUGGAGCUCGCCAAUUUGGCUGCCCGCAGUAACGGUCAUGCUGACAAUGGGGCUUUCUGGCGUUCCUUAUAUGAAACCCCCACCUUUGAGGAGGAUCUGGAAGCAUUAUGGAAAGAUCUACAGCCGCUCUACCUCAAUCUUCACUCUUACGUCCGCCGUGCCCUCUUCAAAAAGUACGGAGCGAAACGCAUCAACCUCAAAGGGCCAAUCCCAGCUCAUUUACUAGGAAACAUGUGGGCCCAAACGUGGUCCGGCAUCAUGGACCUGGUUAGACCCUACCCCAACGCCGCUCAGGUGGACGUCACACAAGCCAUGAUAGCCAAGGGCUGGGAUGCUAAUCGAAUGUUCAGGGAGUCUGAAAACUUCUUCACGUCUGUGGGACUGCUGCCCAUGCCUGAUGAGUUCUGGCAGAAGUCCAUGCUGGAGAAACCCACAGACGGCCGAGAGGUGGUGUGCCAUGCCUCUGCCUGGGACUUUUACAACCGCAAAGACUUCAGAAUUAAGCAGUGCACUGUGAUAAACAUGGAUGACCUCAUCACCGUGCACCAUGAGAUGGGUCAUGUUCAGUACUUCCUGCAGUACAAGGACCAGCCCAUCUCCUUCCGUGACGGGGCCAACCCAGGAUUCCAUGAGGCUAUUGGGGACGUCUUGGCCCUGUCAGUGUCCACUCCAAAACAUCUCCACACCAUCGGCCUGCUGGACAAACUGGAGGAAAACGCAGAAAGCACCAUUAACUUCCUGAUGAGCAUUGCCUUGGACAAAAUUGCAUUCCUGCCGUUCGGCUACCUAAUGGACCAGUGGAGAUGGAAGGUGUUUGAUGGCAGGAUAUCAAGCAGCGAGUAUAAUAAAGAGUGGUGGAACCUCAGGCUGAAGUACCAGGGUCUGUGUCCUCCUGUAACCCGCACAGAGGUAGACUUUGACCCAGGGGCAAAGUUCCACAUCCCAGCCAACGUACCCUACGUCAGGUAUUUUGUCAGCUUUGUGGUUCAGUUCCAGUUCCACAAAGCUCUGUGUGACACUGCUGGCCACACUGGUCCUCUGCACAACUGUGAUAUCUAUCAGUCUAAAGAGGCAGGGAAACUGCUGGGUGAUGUGAUGAAGCUGGGCUUCAGUAAGCCCUGGCCUGAGGCUAUGGCUAUGAUCACUGGCCAGCCCCAAAUGUCUGUGCAGCCUCUGAUGGAGUAUUUCCAGCCCCUCAUCACCUGGCUCGAGCAGGAGAACGCAAAGAAUGGAGAUGUCCUCGGAUGGCCUGAGUAUAGCUGGAUGCCAAACACAGCUGAGAGUAACUCUACUGUAGUCGUAGUGGAGAAGGACAGCCCCGUGAACUUUCUGGGUUUGAGUGUGGAUGAAGCUGCAGCUACAGCUGGUCAGUGGGUUCUGCUGGUGCUGGGGAUCGUCCUCCUCCUCGCCACCAUCUUCCUGGCCUACAGUUACAGAAAAUCCAGACGCCUCCAGAGCAAAUCUAUCUCUCAGAUGGAGCUGAAAUAAGUCUUUAAACAGGAGUUUUGGCAGUAGCCCAUGUGGAUGUUCAUUGUUUUUAGGUAUUUUGUUCUGGAAGAAAAAAAAAUCCAACUGAAUGUGUUGUAUAUUUAUUAAUGAUCUUUGGUCAAAUUUGUUUGACUAUGCAAUGGAGACUGACUGUUGUAAUUUAUUUGUAAAGAAAUACGAACUCAAUGUUGGGCAAAUAGGGAAUGUUUCAGCUGUUUGUUUGUAAAGUCUAAACUGUGUAUGUAUUUUUAGAUUGAUUUUAUAGGUAAAUACUUUACCUUUAUAGAAUAAAAAUAAAAAAAAUAAAGAUUCACCUUUUUAUCCCGA